UGCGACUGUGAUUGAUAAUUGUUACACCUGGAAAUAGUUUCGGUUUCAGCUGCGGUCGACCCACAUCGAGCAGUAUAUAAAGGAUUCCGAUCAGCAUCAUUGUGUGUUGGUUAACUUGGUGAAGAGAGAAGUCACGCUGAAGCGGUAAAGUAGCUACAGUUAAUGGUGUCAGAGGCAACGCUUGUCACAAUGAAAUUUCUGAUCUUCUUCUGUGUGUCGAUACUUCUGCUGAUAAAUGGAGAUAUCGCAAAUGGGCGAGGAACAGAUAUCAGGCUGGUGAAUGGUACCAACUUUUGUUCUGGAAGAUUGGAGGUUCUUCAUGAAGGAGUUUGGGGAACUGUUUGUGAUGAUGGUUGGGAUCUAUCGGAUGCUUCAGUGGUGUGUCGACAGCUGGGCUGUGGUGCUGCUACCGAGGCAAAGGGCAGUUCUUAUUUUGGACAAGGUUCAGGACCGAUAUGGUUGGAUAAUGUGGGGUGUACAGGGAAUGAAACGUCACUGGAAAACUGCUUCGCACCACCAUGGGGAACUCACAACCAUGAUCACGAUGAAGAUGCUGGAGUCAUCUGCCAAGAUAUCAGGCUUGUGAAUGGGAGCAGUGAGUGUUCUGGAAGAGUGGAGAUUCUUCAUGAAGGAAUUUGGGGAACUGUUUGUGAUGAUGGUUGGGAUCUAAAAGAUGCUGCAGUGGUGUGUCGACAGCUGGUCUGUGGUGCUGCUAUAGAGGCAACGGGCAGUUCUUAUUUUGGACAAGUAAGGUUCAGCACUGAUGGUGCUCUACUGAACAGUCCUUAA